UCUUCCGUCUCCCUCUCCCUCUCCCUCUCUCUAACGGCAUCACUGCUCAUCACCCACCUGCACGGCUGCAGAGCCUCCCUACCUCGCCGCCUCUAUCCGACGAUUCCUCGUCCUGCAGAAGAAACCGCCAUUCUUGCUGGAAGCUCCAUAUAUCUGCUAUAGAUGGGGGUUUGGCUCUCGCCUGAACUGAAUUGAACUCUCUAGCUCAUUCAGCGCCUUGAAUGAACUGAUGAAUCUGUUCGCAAGUGACUAGGAAUACAUCAUCAGACUGUGAGAGUGCACAUUUGCUCUCUCCGUGGUUCAGUCUUUCAAGCAGAAGCAACUGCAGUGAUGCUUAUGAUGUCAUCAGACUCAUGGUAUUCUUCCACAGUUUAUGCCGUCUCCGACUCUGCUUGUACUGAAUGGCCUUUGCUGGAAGAGAAUCGUAAAGACCAUACCUAGGAAAUGGAAACAGAUUGGAAGCGCAGCAGAAUUUUUGAACAGUGAACCGCUAAAGUCCCUGGAAAAUGCCGCGGGAACUCUUGCUGCUAAUGAGGAAUCUAUGGUAGAGUCUUUUCUCCGUUCUCUGAAAGACUUUGCAGGUCGAGGCAAUGUAUUCGAUGCGUUUAGAACCUUCUCCCAGGUCCAGCUCCAGGCAUCUUCUCCUGGCAUCCCUGAUGCUGUCCUGCAUUCCAUCUCUUCUCUUUUACUCGCUUGCACAAACUUUGAGUUCCUCGCACAGGGCAAACAGCUUCAUGCUCAUGCUAUUUCACUGGGCGUGGAACAGCACCCUAUUCUGGCACCGAGGCUUGUUAGAUUUUAUUCAGCAUUCAAUCUCCUGGUCGAUGCACACACUUCCGCCAGGAACUCGAAUAUUUUACAUCCAUUACCUUGGAAUUUGCUCAUCUCUUCAUACGUUAGAAAUGAAUCAUAUGAAGAGGUUAUAUCUGUUUAUAAAGAUAUGUUGAGCAAGGGGAUCAGACCGGAUAAUUUUACAUAUCCAUCUGUUCUCAAAGCCUGCGGGGAGAAGAUGGAAGUAGAUUUAGGAAGAGGGAUUCAUGGAACGAUUGAAGCUAGCCCAUCAAGGCUGGACUUAUUUGUGCAAAAUUCGUUGAUAUCCAUGUAUGGGAAGCUUGGGCAAGUAGUUGCCGCACGUCACAUGUUUGACCAAAUGGCAGAGAGGGAUGCUAUUUCAUGGAAUUCAAUGGUUUGUGUUUAUGCCUCAAAAGGCAUGUGGAAGCAAGCGUUUGAGCUCUUUGACCAUAUGUUGGCGGAGGGUACAGAAAUGAAUAUUAUAAUAUGGAAUACUAUUGCUGGAGGGUGUUUGCAGGUGGGCAAUUACAAAAGAGCACUCGAGUUAGUAUCUCAAAUAAGAACACAGGGCAGCCAUUUGGAUUCUGUUGCAUUGAUUAUCUGUCUUGGAGCAUGUUCUCAUUUAGGGAACCUUCGACUGGGGAAAGAAAUCCAUGGUUAUGCGAUUCGCCAUCAUUAUCACGGGUUAAUUAAUGUCAGAAACGCAAUGAUUACUAUGUAUUCAAGGUGCAAGCACCUCCGGCAUGCCUAUACUUUGUUUGAGUCAACAGAAUCAAAGAGUAUAAUUACUUGGAAUUCAAUGCUCUCUGGCUAUUGCCACAUGGAUCAAUCUGAGGAAGCCUCUUCUCUAUUUAGAAAAAUGUUAUUAUCAGGAGUGGAACCUAAUUACAUUACAAUUGCAAGCAUUCUUCCCCUUUGUGCUCGUGUGGCGAACUUGCAGCAUGGAAAGGAGUUCCAUUGCUAUUUGAUGAGACGUGACUCGUUCGAUGACUAUCUGUUACUGUGGAAUGCUCUUGUGGACAUGUAUGCACGAUCUGGCAAGGUUUUCCAAGCUAGAAGAGUAUUUGAUAUGAUGACUUUGAGGGAUGAGGUGACGUAUACUUCGUUGAUUUCUGGAUAUGGGAUCCUAGGGGAGGGACUCGUUGCAUUAACACUAUUUGAAGAGAUGCUUAGCUGUGGCAUAAAACCAGAUCAUGUAACUAUGGUUGCAGUUCUAUCAGCUUGUAGUCAUUCGGGUCUAGUAGUGCAAGGCGAGAAGUUAUUUCAGAAGAUGCAGAGUCUUUAUGAUUUAACUCCACGUUUAGAGCACUAUGCCUGUAUGGUUGAUCUGUUUGGGAGGGCUGGUUUGUUAUACAAAGCAAAACAGGCUAUUGUAGGAAUGCCUUAUAGGCCAACUGCUGCUAUGUGGGCCACUCUGCUUGGAGCCUGUCAGAUCUACAGAAAUAAAGUAAUCGGGGAAUGGGCUGCAGGGAAACUCCUUGAAAUGCGGCCUGAAAAUUCGGGUUACUAUGUUCUGAUAGCCAACAUGUAUGCUGCUGCUGAUAGCUGGGGCAAGCUAAAGAAAGUGAGGACUUUAAUGAGGGACUUGGGAGUUAAAAAGGCUCCGGGAUGUGCUUGGAUUAAUACAGGCAAUGGUUUUCAAUCCUUUCUGGUGGAAGAUACAUCGAAUCCUCAAGGACCUGAGAUUUAUUCCUUGUUGGAACAACUGUCCGAUGAAAUGAAAGAUGACGGUUAUGCUACUAUUGAGGAAGAGGUAUCAAUGGCUUGCUGAGGAAUCAGUGACCACUAUAUUUAUGGUGCCCUUCAGAAGUGUGCUCUUCUGCUAUGGCUGAGGCCGUUUAUUGUAAUGCAAGAGCCUUAUAUGGGUUUUUGAGGUGAGUGAGGAGUAUUUGCAGGUACACUAGCAAUGAUCGAUGAAGCUUCUUUUUUGCCCCAAUAAUAGUUCUUUUUUGCAGGACAAAGUUAAAACUCCAGUUUGUUUUUGCCCUAGUAUCUUAUGCUUUUCAAUUGAUCUCUUAUUCUUCCAUCUUUUAUUGGACAAGGUUAUUUACUUGUUGUUUUGUGUUUAAGCUGGAUGUUAUUGACCAAGAAUGCGAAAGAGAACAAUCAUAAGUCGUGCUAUGUCUGUCGUUAGGAAAAUGAGUGCCUAUUGUACGAUCUGUCUGUUUAUAAUUAUAUUUGCUUCUUAAGUCCAUCUUCUUCUUGUGUUUUAAGUCAUUUGCUCAUAUUGAUAGAUUGUAUUGUGCAAGAUAAAACACGGGGUAAUGGUAAAAGAAUAAAUUUUGUGGGGAAUGUGCAGUAUAUAGUCGCUACUGAAUACUCCAAUUAUAUUCCCUCCUUAUGACUCACAAUUACUACUAUGUUCUGCAAUUGAGGUAAAUUGACUUUUAUAUGAAGUUUGGUAUUGUAAUUUAUGAUGAUUUAGAGCUUGCUCCCCUGACGAUGGUGUUCAAACAUUGGUUUUAGUCGACAGAACACAAAAUGGCAAAACUGCCCCAGAAGCACUAUCCAUGGGAGAAAGGCUUUCAAGUCGAGAGGAAGCAGGAUAUUCGGGAGUCCUUGAAGAUGCCAAUGUCUAUGGACAGAAUUCCCUUUGAAAUUUUCUGUGUCUCAGCAUCGGGCAUAUAGAGCGACCAUCCUCAAACAUGUAUCUGCACAGCAGAGGCCAGAAGACCUGCAUCUUUAUUACUUGAGUAAUAAGAGCCCCAUCACAUGCCUAAGUUCUAGUAGCAGAAGAGGUAGUGUCUCUUGUGUGGGUUUACUCUAAAUCAAGGACCAAGGACCUGGCCCUUUUAUUGCAUCUGUUACUUAAAAUCAAGGACCAAAGACCCUGCCCGUUGUUGUAUCUGUUACUUAAAAUCAAGGACCGAGGACGCUGCCCAGUUAUUGCAUCUCUUUUACUAAGAAACUCUUUCGGUGCCAUGAUCAUUUGGUUAGUGCCUGUACCAUAAGCCACUGUACUCUAUUAUUUGAUUGGUGUUUAUACGAAAGCCACAGAUAUCCUGUUUCACA